AUGGAAUAUGCAACAAAUAAUGAAUAUACUGAAACAAAUAAUAAAUAUGCAACAAAUAAUGAAUAUGCAACAAAUAAUGAAUAUGCAACAAAUAAUGGUGAUAAAACUUCUAAUGAUGUAGUUAGUGAAACUGCAUCAUCUAUACAAACUGAAUCAUCAACUAAUAGUGGACAGCCCCUUGCAGACAUAUGGAAAGAGUAUAAUGCUAUAAAUAAUGGAGUGGGAAAACAUAAAGGAGCAAAGUUUCAAAGUGAGCCUAUAUCACCUGAAUCAACUGCCUUUAAAAAAAGAAAAUCAGAAUAUUCUCAGUUAUCUGUAGAUGCCUAUUAUAAUGUGAAACAAGCUAUCGAUAAAGCUAAAGAAAAGAGUGCUAACCAAUCAUUGAUUAAAUGGAUUGUAUCUUCUGGCAUUUUAUUCUCAGCCUUCAACAAUCCUUACUUUGAAGACUACACCAAAGCAUUAAAUCCCGGCUAUAAUCCACCCAAGCGUACUGCCUUAGCAACAUCAAUUUUAGACGCAGAGGCAGCAAAUAUUAUAAUAAAAAUAAAUAAGGAGCUGUCUAAGGCUAGGAAUUUAACUUUAUGCAUAGAUAAUUUUUCGAAGUUCUCCUAUACUGCGAAGUUUAAUGCUGAAAAAAUAAUUGAGAUGUUAGAGAGGAUUGGACCGGAAAAAUUUACAGCAAUAGUUUCUGAUGCUGAAUCGUCGAUGAUAGUGGCAAAACGACAGAACUCCUACUCUGCUGGUGCCACUCUUAGAGAAGAAAUCAUAUUUUCUUCUACUCUUAGUGAAAAUUUGAAGUCACCAACUAAGACUCAGUGGUCAACGGCAUGGGAUUCCUGUGAAUCUAUCCUACGUAAUGAAGCAAAUAUUAAAUCAGUUUUAGAACAAGAGCCUCAAAUUUUUACUCGUGCAAACGCUGUAAGAAAUCUAAUCAAUGAUCGUCAAUUUUGGAUUGAUAUUGAACAACUUAGAAAUAUUCUCGGUCCAGUAAAGCGAGCUGUAAAAAAUAAAGGCGAUGGAAAUAUGGAAACAAAUAGGUGGAGGAGAUAUAAGUGCUGGAAUUUUAAAAUCGCAAAUGAAUUUAUACAAAAAUCACUGGCCCCCUUUGAUGAUGAAUUUAUUCCAUCUACUGAUACAGUUAUUGAUUGGUGGAUGUCCGUAGAACUUAAAAAAAAUGAAGAUCAUAUAAAAACUCUCGCCCUAAGAGUACAUUUAGUUUCACUUCAUAAUGCCGCUUGUGAAAUAAGCAUUGAACGUUUAGAAGUCAUGGCCCAAAUGCACUCAUUUUUAGUCGAGAAUGCUAAAUCAGAACUCAAUUAUGUAGAGCAAAAUCUUCGCCAAGAAGACCUAUUGUCUAUUUUCAAUAAAAUUGCAAGUUCUAUAGAAGAUGGGACUGAUCUAUUUAGUGAAGAAGAAUCAUUUGCUGUUUUGGAAGAGCUUGCUGAAGAAAAUACUGAAGAAACAGAGGAAGAACUAGAAGAAUUAGUUAAUGAAAAUUCAACAAAUUUAGAAGUUGGAAACUUUAUAUCUUUGUCUUCCAACUUAGAGCCCAAUGAAACUGCAAGUUUAAGUAAAGCGGUUAUACAUGGAAAUAAAAAUUUUGAUAUAGAUGAUCUUAUUAGUGAUUUAGAUUAA